AUGGAUCUGAAUCUUUGCAAGGUAAAAACGACCGCACCGACACUCCUGGUGACCUGGUCUCGUCUCAAGGUCACACUGACCCACGAUCCUAAAGCCGUGCCAGCACUAGAUUCCCCGGAGGUUGUAUCCCAUAAAGCUACCACUGACCACAUCCUCCAGGCACGGUGGUCAGCAGCUAAAGGCUGGGAGGACCCCCAGAUUGUCCCAGCUGGCUCAUUCAGUCUUGGGCCCUCGGCCAGCGCAUACCGAGGUUACGAUGGUAAUCUACGGCUCUUCCGUCCGGACCCCAACUGCGUGCGUAUGCUGAAUUCUGCAACGCGUGUUACCCUCCCCGGGUUCCAUCCCAAGGAGUUGAAGCAACUGGUUCAUAGAAUCUGUGCUGUCGAUGGACCCAAGUGGUUUCCAAGAGAUCAAGCAGGACAGAGCCUUUGCAUUCGACCAACAUUAAUUGGGACUGGCGAGGGCUUAUGUUUGCACGCGCCGCGGGAAGGGCUUCUAUACAUCAUCUUGACCACUGAAGAUAUGGUCCGGGCAUGGCCUGGAGGAAUGGGUCAUGUCAAGGACACCGCUGUCAAGUCGGGUUUCGACCAAGUCCUUUGGCUGUUUGGGCCAGACCACCAAGUUACAGAGGCGGGAGCUUUCAAUUUCUUUGUGGUAUGGAGAACGGCUGAGGGAAAUCUCCAGCUAAUCACAGCGCCGCUGGAGGAUCAGCUCAUUCUUCCAGGGGUAACACGGCGGAGUAUCCUGGAGUUGGCUCGAGAUCCUUUAGAAGUGGUUGAGAAGAGAUUCAGUAUCCAUGAUAUUGGCAUGACUGCUGAGCAGGGUCGCUUACUCGGUGCCCUCAUCGUGGGGACGGCCUACUUCAUUGCUCCCGUCUCCUGUAUUGCUCAUGGGGGACACGAGAUAGAUGUGCCUGUGGAUGCGGUGCCGUAUGCUUCUGUAUUUUGGCAAUUGAUGUCAGAUAUUGUCUAUGGUAAGAAGCAGAGUGAGUGGACUGAGGUGGUGGAGGAGGAAUAG